GGCCCUCCCUCUGCCGGGGGGCUCCCUCCGUGCGCAGCCGCGGCGGGGCGGGGGCGGGGCCGCGAACUCUGACCCCCGGCUCGGCAGCCGCCGCCGCCAAAUAAAGCCGCCGGAGCGCCGCCGGGCCCGCAGGCUCAUCCAUAGGAUUGAAAAAUAAAAACUCCAAGGCACAUCUCACAACAAUUCAUAGAGCUGCGGGAAGAUAUGGGAGGACUUCGGAUGGCUUAAGUGGAUGUAAAUUCUCUUGCUGUGGAAAACGGUGACCCUCCAAUUUCACUCCACCACUGAUGCUUAAUUGAUUUGUAUGGAAAUUCUGGUGAUUAAAGAUCAUGGCAACCAUAGAGGAACUGGCCCAUCAAAUUAUUGAGCAGCAAAUGGGAGAGAUUACCCAUUCCCAAGGAGCUGUUACACAAACACUAAUGGAUGGGACAGCACAACGAAUACAGAUCGUACCUUCAGAUUCAGGCCUCUCUUUACCACAACGUAUACAGAUUGUCACAGAUCAGCAGACGGGCCAGAAGAUUCAGAUUGUUACAGCACUUGAUCAGAGCUCAGCAGGCAAGCAGUUCAUCUUAACAAAUCAUGAUGGCUCUACCCCAAGCAAGGUGAUCCUUGCCAGACAAGAUUCCACUCCAGGAAAAGUAAUCCUAGCAACUCCAGAUGCUGCAGGUGUCAACCAACUGUUUUUUGCAUCCCCUGAUAUAUCUGCACAACACAUCCAGAUUUUAACAGACAACUCUCCCAAUGAACAGGCCCUAAAUAAAGUGUUUGAUCUGUGUGUUGUAUGUGGAGACAAGGCAUCAGGGCGUCACUACGGAGCAGUAACUUGUGAGGGGUGCAAAGGAUUUUUUAAAAGGAGUAUACGCAAGAAUUUGGUUUAUUCAUGCCGAGGAACAAAAGACUGUGUUAUCAACAAACACCACCGGAAUCGAUGUCAGUACUGUAGGCUGCAGAGAUGCAUAGCGUUUGGAAUGAAACAAGAUUCUGUGCAGUGUGAGAGGAAACCUAUUGAAGUGUCAAGAGAAAAGUCUUCAAACUGUGCAGCUUCUACUGAAAAGAUCUACAUUCGGAAAGAUCUUCGCAGUCCAUUAGCUGCAACUCCAACUUUUGUAACAGACAAUGAAACAGCAAGGUCGACAGGUCUGCUGGAAUCAGGAAUGUUUGUUAACAUUCAUCAGUCUGGGAUAAAAAGUGAGCCUACUGUGUUGAUGACUCCAGAUAAGGUUGAAGCCUGUCAGGGAGAUUUAAGUACACUGGCAAACGUGGUGACAUCAUUAGCAAACCUCGGUAAAUCCAAAGACAUGUCACAAAGCAGUACAGAGCUAUCUAUGAUUGAGAGUUUAAGUAAUGGAGAUGCGUCAUUAUCUGAACUCCAGCAAGAAGAACAAGCUAGUAGUGAUGUUACAAGGAGUCGCUGCCCCACCUCAAGGGAUUCUAAGGAUGGUAUUGAAAGCAUGGCCUUUGAUACCCUUGCAAAAGCAUUAAACCCAGGAGAGAGCGCAGCGUGCCAGAACUCUGACAGUGUUGAAGGCAGCGUCCAGCUGAUCGGGGGAGAAACAAGCAUGAAUCUCGUUGAAAUAGAGGGGCCACUGCUCAGUGAUGCCCAUGUAGCAUUCAGGCUCACCAUGCCUUCUCCUAUGCCUGAGUAUCUUAACGUUCACUAUAUCUGCGAGUCUGCCUCCAGGCUGCUGUUCUUGUCCAUGCACUGGGCGCGUUCCAUUCCGUGUUUCCAAGCUUUAGGACAGGAUAACAGCAUAUCAUUAGUAAAAGCCUGCUGGAACGAACUUUUUACGCUUGGUCUUGCACAGUGUUCACAAGUUAUGAAUGUGGCGACUAUGUUAACUGCGUUCGUUAAUCAUCUUCACAGCAGUUUACAGCAAGAUAAGCUGCCAACAGACAGAGGAAAACUAGUAAUGGAGCAUAUCUUCAAAUUGCAAGAGUUCUGUAACAGCAUGGUUAAGCUUUGCCUGGAUGGAUAUGAAUAUGCAUAUUUGAAAGCAAUCGUACUCUUCAGUCCUGAUCAUCCAGGUCUAGAAAAUGUGGUACAGAUUGAGAAAUUUCAAGAAAAGGCUUACAUGGAGUUCCAAGACUAUGUAACAAAAGCAUAUCCAGAUGAUACGUACAGACUGUCUAGACUCCUUCUCCGAUUGCCUGCUCUUAGGCUGAUGAGUGCUGCCAUCACCGAGGAGCUGUUCUUUGCAGGACUAAUCGGAAACGUUCAGAUUGAUAGCAUCAUCCCAUAUAUCCUGCGCAUGGAGACAGCGGACUAUAACUCUCAAAUAAUUGGUCACGCCGUAUAAAAGUAGCAGUCAAGGAUUCUGCACCAUGGCAGUCAUGGUGAUGUAAAUGCAUACCCUGUCUCCAAGAGAUGGCAAUAAGCCUUCACAUGCACCUAUCCAAAGAAGGCGAAUAUUCCUCCUUUCCAGUACACUUGGGAAAUGUGGUGGAGUGUCUUAAGGAAUAUAGGAUCGCUUCCUAUUUUUCAUCUGAUCUUCAAGGACUUGUAAAUUAACUUGAUAUCUGAAGAAAGUCAAGAAUUGUCCCUCCUAUUUUUGUAGAUAGAUGAACUUGGAAUAUUUGUUUAUGAAGUCCAGGCUUGUGAAGAAAUUGAAGAAGCUUUGACUGAACUAAGGUAUCUCAACUUAGUUUGAUGUUUUAGACAAAUAAAUUAACUUUCCUCUCUGAGCUGUGUUUUCAGUGUUUUGCUGCUAGUUCUUUCUCACUGAAUAAAUGGAAAAUACGUGAUCAAA